AUGCUUAGGAGAAGUCUUCGUCCCGCCUUCAGUCUCGUCCGCCGACCCGGCCCAGCAUAUCCAGUGACAAGAACACCGUUCCUAUCAAUUCAACCAGCCGGUAGGCUUCGUAUCUCGUCAUCAAUUGGCCUCGGCCGUCGAGCAUUGCACCAAGUUCCAGCCAUCGACAUGGAGCGAAUUGACACAACCAGUCGCCUCUCGAGGCUCCGGGAGCUGAUGAAGGAGCGCAACGUCGAUGUCUACGUCAUCCCCUCCGAAGACUCUCACGCCUCCGAAUACAUUGCUGGCUGCGAUGGCCGUCGAGAGUUCAUCUCUGGCUUCAGCGGCUCUGCUGGGUGUGCUGUUGUCACGCUGGACAAGGCAGCCUUGGCCACUGACGGAAGAUACUUCAACCAGGCCUCGAAGCAGCUCGACCAGAACUGGCUGCUCUUGAAGCAGGGCCUACAAGACGUCCCCACCUGGCAGGAAUGGUCUGCUGAGCAAUCCGCCGGUGGGAAAGUUGUUGCUGUCGACCCCGAGCUCAUCACGGGCUCAAUCGCGAAGAAGCUUGCUGAAAGGAUCAAGAGAUCAGGUGGCUCUGAUCUGUUACCCUUGAACGAGAACUUGGUAGACCUUGUUUGGGCUGGAAACCGUCCGACUCGCCCCAAGAACCCCGUCAAGGUAUUGCCCGUAAAGUUCAGCGGCAAAGAUGUCGGGACCAAGUUGAAGGAGUUGAGGCAGGAGUUAAGCAAGAAGAACUCACGCGCCUUCGUUGUCUCCAUGCUGGACGAAAUUGCCUGGCUUUUUAACCUUCGUGGCGACGAUAUUCCCUACAACCCCGUUUUCUUCUCAUACGCUAUCAUCACAUCAGACUCAGCAACCUUGUACGUGGACGACUACAAACUGGGAGAGGAAACUCAGGCCUACCUUGCAGGCAAUGGCGUUACUGUGAAGCCCUAUGAGUCCAUCUUCGACGCCAUUAGUAUCCUCCGAUCUUCCGACAAACCCACUGAGGCGACACCGGGGGCCCCUUCCAAGAAGUUCAUGAUCUCGACUAAGGCUUCAUGGGCCUUGAAACGUUCCCUCGGCGGAGAUGGUCAGGUUGACGAGGUUCGCAGUCCAAUCGGAGACUCCAAGGCUGUUAAGAACGAUAACGAAAUGGCUGGCAUGAGGGCUUGCCACAUUCGAGAUGGGGCUGCCUUGAUCGAGUACUUUGCCUGGCUGGAGGAUCAGCUAGUCGCGAAGAAGGUCAAACUGGACGAAGUGCAGGCAGCUGACAAGUUGGAGCAGCUUCGGUCGAAGCAAAACGAUUACGUUGGGCUGUCCUUCGACACCAUUUCCUCGACUGGUGCAAAUGCUGCUGUAAUCCACUACAAGCCUGAGCGUGGCGCUUGCUCCGUUAUCGAUCCCGCUGCCAUCUACCUAUGCGACUCUGGAGCUCAGUAUCUUGAUGGGACGACCGACACUACGAGAACACUCCACUUCGGACAACCGACCGAGGCCGAGAGGCUUGCGUAUACGCUAGUGCUCAAGGGCAACAUUGCAUUGGACACUGCCAUCUUUCCAAAGGGAACGACAGGCUUCGCUCUUGACUGCCUGGCUCGUCAACACCUGUGGAAAGAAGGUCUCGAUUACCGUCAUGGAACAGGACAUGGCGUUGGCUCCUACCUCAAUGUACACGAGGGCCCAAUUGGCAUCGGUACUCGCGUCCAGUUUGCCGAGGUCGCCCUGGCGCCAGGCAAUGUCGUGUCAAUCGAGCCUGGCUUCUAUGAAGAUGGAUCAUACGGUAUAAGAAUUGAGAACGUGGCCAUGGUGACGGAAGUCAAGACAAAGCAUUCUUUUGGCGACAAACCCUACCUAGGAUUCGAGCACGUCACUAUGGUCCCCUACUGCCAAAACCUCAUCGAACCUAGCCUCCUGACGGUCGAAGAGAAGGCCUGGCUCAACGCGCACAACGCAGAUGUAUUCCAGAAGACCAAAGACUACUUCCAGGAUGACCCGUUGACCCUAACAUGGCUGACACGAGAGACGCAGCCUUUAUAG